AUGAGACUCCUUCUCUUUUAUGGUACCAGGAUGUUGGCUUGUGGUUAGAAGAGAUAAACUUAGGUAGCUACCGCCAGAUUUUCAAAGAAAAUGGUGUCAAUGGAGAGUAUCUAGAAGGCAUGUCCAUGUUCACUACUGAACAGAUUCUUCGGUUCAUAAGGCGGUGCCAUAUGAAAUGGGGAGACUUCAUCACACUGUGUAAAGAACUCAGAAGAAUAAAAGGUCCUCUCUCUCUCUCUCUCUCAUAUGGCCUCAGCUGUUGUGUAUUUGUAAAAUGCUUGCUGCUCCCUCACAGGAAUUAGUUAGCUUCUUAACUGUUGUUCUUUGAGCUAGAAAAUCAUGUUUUUGUAAACCUAUGCUUAGUAUGCUUGCAUGGGUGUUUUGGUCCAGAACCAUUGGUGGGAACAUCUAUAAAAAUGAACCUCUGAUGUUUGAACUACAGUAAAUUCAGACAAGGUCAAAGAAUACUUGCACUACUACCUAACUUUUUCUUAUGAAAAGGGCAACAUUUAAUCUAUGAGAAGUUGAUACACGAAUCUUCUAUUUUCUCGAAGACAGAAAAGAGGAAAGGGAAAAAAGAAGAGGAAAUAUGCAGAUUUUCUUAUGCUUAUGAGGUACUUCUCCCCAGGGAGAGAGCCUGAUUGACAUUGUUGAUUCAUCAGCUAUUUAUGAAUAUUUAUUAUCUUACAUAUCAAGACAACAAUAAUGGUCUUCCAUACUCCAUUUGGUUGCAUGUCAGCUUGUGGGACAAUUCAAGCUGCUAUAUUUAUUAUUUGUCUGGUGACUGAACAAUUUGGGGGGUUGGGGGGGGGACUAUAUCAGAAUUUCCAGAUUGCAUUAUUUUCAUUACCUUCUUCUUUGUGCUAACAUGGGUCAUGGACAAAGCAGUUGUAUCUAAUUCCUUUUCUAAAACAGCAUUAGACUACGUAAAUUACUUGUUAUGUAGAUAGUUUAGUUUUCUAUAAGAUACUCCUUUCUCUACAGGAAAUUGCAUUGGUAGAUCCAUAUAUAUGUGACAUUGAAGACUUUUUUUUUUUUGGUGUAU